GAGGCGGGGCUGGCUGGGGGACAGAGUGGAUUGGGGAUAAAUGCCCAGCCUGAAGGGGUGAGCUGACACUGUCCCAGCUGCUGCCACCUAGACGAGAAGCUUCAUUCAAAGUCCCAGGGAAGAGUCACAGUCAUGGCCAUGCAAAAAAUCUUUGCCCGAGAAAUCCUGGACUCCAGGGGCAACCCCACAGUGGAGGUGGACCUGCACACCGCUAAGGGUCGCUUCCGAGCAGCUGUGCCCAGUGGCGCAUCCACGGGUAUCUAUGAAGCGUUGGAACUAAGAGAUGGAGACAAAUCACGCUACCUGGGGAAAGGAGUGCUGAAGGCUGUGGAGCAUAUCAACAAGACCCUAGGUCCUGCUCUGCUGGAAAAGAAACUAAGUGUUGUGGAUCAAGAAAAAGUCGACAAAUUUAUGAUUGAGCUGGACGGGACGGAGAAUAAGUCCAAGUUUGGGGCCAACGCCAUCCUGGGUGUGUCCUUGGCCGUUUGUAAGGCAGGAGCAGCUGAGAAAGGGGUCCCUCUCUACCGACACAUCGCAGAUCUUGCGGGGAAUCCCGAUCUCGUACUUCCUGUACCUGCCUUCAAUGUGAUCAAUGGGGGCUCUCAUGCUGGAAACAAGCUGGCCAUGCAGGAGUUCAUGAUUCUGCCAGUGGGAGCCAGCUCUUUCAAGGAAGCCAUGCGCAUUGGCGCCGAGGUCUACCACCACCUCAAGGGGGUCAUCAAGGCCAAGUAUGGGAAGGACGCCACCAAUGUGGGGGACGAGGGCGGCUUUGCUCCCAACAUCCUGGAGAACAAUGAGGCCCUGGAGCUGCUAAAGACAGCCAUUCAGGCAGCUGGUUACCCAGACAAGGUGGUGAUUGGCAUGGACGUGGCAGCAUCUGAAUUCUAUCGCAAUGGGAAGUAUGAUCUGGACUUCAAGUCACCUGAUGAUCCUGCACGGCAUAUCAGUGGGGAGAAGCUUGGGGAGCUGUACAAGAACUUCAUCAAGAACUACCCUGUGGUCUCCAUUGAAGACCCCUUUGACCAGGAUGACUGGGCCACAUGGACCUCAUUCCUCUCGGGAGUGGACAUCCAGAUUGUGGGAGAUGACCUUACAGUCACCAACCCCAAGAGGAUCGCUCAGGCUGUUGAGAAGAAGGCCUGCAAUUGCCUACUACUAAAGGUCAACCAGAUUGGCUCAGUGACAGAAUCCAUCCAGGCCUGCAAACUGGCACAAUCUAAUGGUUGGGGGGUGAUGGUGAGCCACCGCUCUGGGGAGACUGAAGACACUUUCAUUGCUGACCUCGUGGUGGGACUCUGCACAGGACAGAUCAAGACUGGUGCCCCAUGUCGUUCAGAGCGUCUGGCCAAAUACAACCAGCUUAUGAGGAUUGAAGAAGCUCUUGGAGACAAAGCUGUCUUUGCUGGACGAAAGUUCCGUAAUCCAAAGGCCAAAUGAGAAGCUGGAGGCUCCAGGACUCCAAAGAACAGACAAGGCCUUCAAGCCCUUCUCCCUGAAAUAAACACUGCCAAAUGAGA